AAUUGGUUUUUAACUUCCGACUAAUGAUUUCAAAAAAGGUGUCCACUGUAUCUCUUUUCAUUAUUCGCUUUCGUUAUUCUAGUUUGCUAAAAACAUGUCUUCUAUUUCAACAAGUAUUGGAGACUAUUUGAAAAGAACCAAGAGUCGCGCUUCACUCACGCGAUUUGUGGAGAAUAAUAAAGAGCAAACCAAAUUGUUUAUAAGGCAAUUUGAUAGUGAAACACAGGCGACAAACAAUUUAGUAAACAAAUAUGUUGCUCAGUUCAAAAUCAUCUACCCGACAAGAAAGAGAGUAACAGGAAAGCAGGUGGACCUUGGUCCUAUCUAUGCAGAAGCAAGACUGGAUAGAGGUGUUCAAAUCGAGAGCUACAGAAUACUGGAGACUGCAGUUUCGGUGGCUGGAAGAGAUACUAGAGGCAGGAUCAAUGGCAACAAUGGUGGUAGUGUAGAAGACACAGAAGACGCAGAAGAUACGGGAGAUACGGAAGAAGUGUCCGAAAAAGCAAGCAAUGGUUACAAUAUAAUCGAAGGAUUUAAUGUAUUCCGGGAAGAAGCACGCACAUUAGCAGAAAGACAAGGACUUUUUAUAAAUGGAAACCUACAGCAAUUACUGGCCUUGGAUCAGAUCCUUUUGCUUGUGAAGAAACAACAUUCUGAAGAAAUGUUGUCUUGUAUUGGAAACAAGAAUUUGGUGUGUUACCAUAAUGAUUUAAAAAAGGAGUUUUUGGAAUUGGAAAUGAGGGUUGAAGGAAAGUUAUUGGCAGAAUUGGGAGAUACGAUGGCUAUGAUCGAACAUUCAAGUCGAAAGGACAUAAAGUGCCAGAUAUUUGAUAGUUACAAAGUAGCAGAUGACCUUGAUGCCAAGAUCUUAGACAUUUUCUUAGCUUAUAUGGAUAAACUUCCUGAUGAACCCUUGUUAAAUCAUAAAAUCAAAGAGACUGAAUUGAUAACAAAGUUCUUGGAUCCAAUAUUGAAUGGGAUGUUAAAUGAUCAUGAUACAGAUCAUGAUUUUAUAUGGACAAAUACACGUAGCACUGGUACAGAGGAUGAACGCCCAGAUGCAGAGAUGGUUAUUUUAAAACAAAGAACUAUUGAUUAUACUGUUGGGUACUGUGAGGUGAAGAUCAGCGAAAAUAGUAAUAAUACUGUCGAAGUGCAUAAUGAUAUGAUGAAGUUGGCAAGGUUCGGAAAAAAGCUUUGUAAUGAAGAGGAUUUGGAUGGUAGCUUGUUGGCAAUGGUAGUUGGAAUGAAGCUUACGUUUUAUAUGAUGGUGAUGCGGGCAAAUGUAUUUUAUACAAUGUUUGAAAUCUGUAGUAUCGAAGUCCCCAAGUGUUUAUCUUCCCUCCCAAGUCUCGUUGCAAAAGCACAUCAAAUCAAACAGGUUAUUCAUGCAUACCAUAAUCAUUGUGUUAAGCGUCUCCCUGAAUCCCCAAAGAGAGAAAGAAGCAGAUCUAUGACCAAAGAAGAUUACCAGCUAGUAGUAAAUACCAACAAACCAAAACGAAUGAAGCCCUCUUUAAGAUUCAACUAAAUCAUACAAACUUCUUUUUAAGUAUAUUUAAUAUUUAGUUAAUUGAUAAUAAUAACUACAAUAAAGAAACUGAAAUAGCAUCAUAC